AGUCUGAGAUAUGUUUAAGCCUAUUGAAAACAUAUUACAAUAAUGCCAUUUUAUAUAUGUCCAUUUAAAAGUUUUAUUGCGUUUUUUUUCUGUAAUUAGUUAUUCAUUUAGAUAUGCCUGGUUUCUUUUCACGGUGAUACACUUAUGUGUUUGGUGUUGGUAAGCAAAAGGCGACCAGUUAAACAUGCGGUGGUUCUUUAUGAAGAGAUGUUAAAAACUGUUAGACAGGAAGCCACAGCCAUCACAUGAGACCAGCUUGAGUGGCUGACGGUGUCUACACGCACUACACGAAUAGAGCAUUCACAGAGAAAUGAGAGGCUUGUUCUAUUUUGUUCUUUGGAUAUUUCCAAUUUUUCCCUCCACAACACAGAAUGAAACCCCUGUGCCUUGUUAUAAGGUUCCACAAACCUGUAUGGACCAGGCUAACGUUCUAUCGUGUAUUGAAGAAGGAAUGAGAACUUGCAUAUCUAAAACCCCUAGGAUUCCAAUUCCAAAUUUUUUCUCCAGACCAGUUUCCUCAGAGGAAAUGGUUGAUACAAAAAGAGGAUAUAAAAUCCAUGUCUCUGAAGAAGCAUUAGAGAGGAGCAGCAGUAGACGGGGGGAAACUUCUAAGGAAGUGGAAUUGAUUGUGUCUAUUCUCAACGAGACUCUCUUCAAGGGAAAUGACUCACAUGAGUCAAGCUCAAUAUUGCAUGGGAAAAGUGUGUUAGGAGUUUGGCUUGGUGUGACAGAAAUUCGCAACCUUUCUCAGCCCAUUCAACUCAGAUUCAUAAACACUAAUCAGAGUGCAAACGGAGUCUGUGUCUACUGGCAUCUUGAUAAAAAUGGCAAAGGUAACUGGAGUACUGAUGGCUGUAAUACUAUCAUCGACAGAGGAGACUUUUUGUGCAGUUGUAAUCAUCUGAGCUUUUUUGCAGUGCUCAUUAAUCCUGAAAUUCCUGAAGAGUCCCACAUUGUCUCUCUCAACUACAUCUCAUACAUCGGCUCUGUCCUUUCAAUAGUAUUUACAGCCCUAAUGAUUGUUAUGUUUCUUUGCAUGAGAAAAAAACAAGGUGACCAUUCAGCCAUCAUUCACGUGCAGCUCUCAGGAUCCCUUUUCUUGUUGCACACCUCAUUCUUGUGCAGUGUGUGGUUUUCAGGCCAGAGAGACAUUGAUUCAGUGUGUCAAGCUCUAGGACUUCUUCUACACUGGUGUCUUUUAGCCACCUUCACUUGGACAGCCAUUGAGGGCUUCCACCUGUACCUGCUGCUGGUGCGGGUCUUCAACAUCUACAUCAAGAGAUACUUGCUAAAAUUAAGUCUUGUGGGAUGGGGUGUACCCACCAUUACAGUGAUGAUAUGCGGUGUGACUAAAGUGUAUGGCAAAUAUAAAUUUUACAGGGAUAAAGAAGGCUCAACUGAUACACCUCUAUGCUGGAUAAGCACACAGAUAGUGAGCUACAUUACUGUGAAUGGUUAUCUCGUGCUGGUGAUGCUCUUUAACAUGGUUAUGCUGGGGGUGGUGCUGGUUAAGAUGCACAAAUUGAGAUCACGAACUCUUCAGAUUAAAGACCAUCAGAGGAGGGCAUGGAAAGAAUGGGUGUCUAUUCUCGGGCUCAGCUGUGUUCUGGGAGUGCCCUGGCUACUGGCUUUCUCCUCCCAUGGCCCCAUGAGUCUCCUUUCGCUCUAUGUUUUCACAAUUCUCAACAGUUUUCAGGGUGUCUUUAUUUUCGCGUGGUUUUUGACUCUCACAUGUCAAGCACGUAAAGAGGAACACAUCUCAUCAAAAGGCACCAUUCAGGUCAGCUUCAACAGUAAUGAAUAUGUGACUACAAGAUAACCAACAGCUGUUCGGUCACAUCACACAGUGGACUUCGAAUGUGGACCCUCCAUUCUACAUCAUAACUUCAGUCUAGUUCUUUUUAUUAAUAAUUAAGUCGUUCAGUGUCUGCAGAACCCCAGGGAUCACAAGGCAAUCUAAAGGGAAUCUGCAUAGUAUUAUGGGGGUGGGGGUAGGGUAUUUAUUUCUAAAUGCUUUGAUCUUUGCUUUGUAAUUACCUCCUACUGGUAGUUAUGUGUAAAGCACAUUGUGAAAGAUACUAAUAAAAUUUCCAAAACCGUUUUUAUAUCUGGUGGGGGAAAAACCCCUGUGGACUCUACAAAGUAUAUAUAUUUGAGAUCAUAUUUAGUGCAAUGAAAAAAGUAAAUAAAUUUAAUAAACAUUUAUUUUGUGCUUUUUUCUUCAAACAAUCUAAUAAAUGGGUCUUUAUGCAAUCAAUAAAUAUUGCUUUAUUUUUUAAAGAGUUUCAUUAUAUAUAGGGUUCUUUUCUGUUACUGUGUGAAAGUCUCUGUCCUAAGAGGGCCCUCUAUGAGUCUAUGUGCAUUCAGAGAUGCAAUCUUGGCAACACCUAGGGUUCAGAAAACACAAUUCAUGAUAGGUAAUGUCCUUAUUAUAAGAAUAGAAUCUAUUUUUCCAUUAUUUUACCCCUAAUUAAAAAAUAAAUACAUAAAAAUGUAACCUUGUACUAAAAGCAAUGACAAACAAGACAAAUUUACUUUAAAAAAUUUAUGAAAAUACCAAUGUGAAAAUUGAGAUACAAAAUCUUAUCAAUGGUAAUAUUAUAAAAAGUAUAUAAAAAAAAGAAAGUGCACAAAAACUUCUUUACAGCAUUAAUUGUACAGACAGCUUUGAAUAAAUAGCAUAAGUUAAAAAUGACAAAUUAACUUAAUGAAAUGAUCCGCUAAAUCCCCGGUAAGGCACAUUGACUGAGAAUGUGCCACAUUAAUAGUUUAAAAAACAUUUUUCCCUGAAAUUUAUCGACAUCUUGUAUUUGCUCUCAUGCAUUUUAAGAAGAGCUUGAAGUCAACAGUAAUGCUGACGCAAAAUAUUGCUGGUGAAUAAAAACAAACAUUCAUUCAAAUAAGACAGAAAUACAACUGAACAUCUAAAUCCAAUUGCAAACUCCAUAAUAUCGCUAAAAUUCUGAGCCUAAACCAUUUUUUUUUCUCAAAAGAAAAAGACAAUUCUGUCACAUUUCAAUUAAUCCAAACUGCAAAGAAAAAGAAAAAAAAAACUUACAAAAGGCUGCGGUCAAUACAUCAAGACUGAAAGACUAUAUACAAUUUCAUCUUUGAUUACCUUUAGUGUACAAUAUUGAAAUAUGUGGCAAAAAAAAAAAAACAGUGUAAAUCUCUUACUUUCUGUAUAAUAACACUUUCAUACAACAACAAAUAAAAUACAAACAAUCACCAACAGCCAUAAAACUGAUCAUGCCUACAAAUACAUUAUGCAUGCUCUCAUAUGCCAUUGUGUAAGUGAUAACCGUUUAAAUACUCUUGAGAUAAUGUAUUUUUGCAUCUUGUUUUUAAAAAAGAUUUACAAACCCGUAACCGUUUUUAAAUAUUGAGCAACAUCUUUAUGCCAAACCAGAAUGAAAACGAGAUUUUACAAGCACAUGUCCAUAUCAUAGACCACAGCUGAGGUGAAUUCACAUUGUGAAUAUUGUGCCCAAGAACCCGAGACAGAAAAUGCAUGCGUGUGAUAUAACUUGAAUCAGAGCAGAAGACUGCAAGGCUGAGUAAAAUAUUAUAUUUGCUUAAAAGUACACCCAUCUCAUUAAUGCCUCGGCCGUAAUGUUAGAUACAGCACUUUACAUUAUUCAUCUGUAACCCGUCAAACUAAAUGCCAAAUAGAAGUCUUUUGGUGCACUGGUAUGGAAAAUAAGAUUAUAUUUACAAAACACUGGUAACUCCAAUAAAAAAAAA